UGUUCGAAGAGUGCCUCGUUUGAUUUCUAGCAAGAAUCUUGCUUACUUCCUGGCUAUCGUCGUGGCCAAAUUUUUUUCCCCUGACGUUAAGGAGGCAGUCAUAGGAUGCAUUUGAUCGGCCCCGUGCUAUGGUCAGCCUGGCUCGUCGUCAGCGUGCAGGCGGCCUUUUUGGACCGUGAUAGUCAGGCAGUACUGCUCGAAGACGCAAGCCCAGCAAGCAGACCAAAGAAUGUAGUCUUCAUACUCACAGACGACCAGGACGCGGCGAUGGACUCCAUCUCCUACAUGCCUCUACUCAAAACGUAUUUGACGGACAAAGGCACCACCUACACAAACCACUUUACUACCACAGCCAUAUGCUGUCCCUCACGGGUGUCAUUGUGGACUGGCAAGCAGCCUCACAACACAAAUGUCACGGAUGUGAACCCUCCAUAUGGCGGAUAUCCAAAGUUUGUAUCUCAGGGCCUGAACAGCAAUUAUCUCCCGGUCUGGCUGCAGGAAGCAGGCUACAACACAUACUACACGGGCAAACUCUUCAACUCUCACACUAUUGCAAACUACGACUCGCCCUACCCAGCAGGCUGGACAGCCACAGACUUCCUCCUCGACCCAGGCACAUACUCCUACCUCAACCCCAUCUACCAGAGUAACAAAGACAGCCCGGUCCACCACAACAAUGAGCACACCUCCGACCUCAUCACCAUCAAGGCCCAAGGACUCCUCGACCAGGCCCUCGCAGCCGACAAGCCCUUCUUCCUCGGCGUAGCCCCCGUCGCACCACACUCCAACAUCGACAUCAACAGGCACGCUCACACGCCCCAGAUGACAGAGCCUAUUCCUGCCCAGCGCCACGAGGGUCUGUUCGACGGCGUCCAAGUUCCCAGGACCCCCAACUUCAACCCAGACACGCCGAGCGGGGCGAGCUGGGUCCGAAAUCUGCUGCAGCACAACGCCUCGUCCGUGGAGUACCUGGAUCACUACUACCGCCAGCGCCUACGUGCGCUGCAGGCUGUGGACGAGCUGGUGGAGAAGCUCAUCGCGCAGCUUGACGAGGCUGGCGUCCUGGAUGACACUUAUGUCGUCUAUAGCUCGGACAAUGGAUUCCAUAUCGGCCAGCACCGACUCCCGCCGGGGAAAGAGUGUGGGUAUGAGGAGGACAUCCGUGUGCCGCUGGUCGUGAGGGGUCCAGGCGUGCCGCAGGGUGCAGUUGAGGACUCGGUAACUACGCAUAUCGAUCUUGCGCCGACUGUGCUGAAAAUGGUCGGGGCUGAGGCGAGGCCUGACUUUGACGGCGUGCCGAUCCCGAUUGGGUCGGCCUCUGACCGUGCUGGUGAGAAGGAGAUGGUUGGACCGGAAAGGUGGGAAACAAAGAGGCAUGAGCACGUCGCAGUUGAGUACUGGGGCUAUGCGAUUGCGGAAGGCGAAGGUGAUGGCGAAGGGCAGCUCGUCGUGACCAACAACACCUACAAAGCUGUGAGAAUCAUCGGGGAUUCCUACGAUCUCUACUACGCAGUAUGGUGCAAUAACGAGCACGAACUAUAUGAUAUCAAGACGGAUCCAGGACAGUUGGACAACCUAUACAACAAGUCUCAUAAAUACAUGUCACCUAAUGGCAAGAACCGCCUGCUCGGAACGGACAUAGGCCUCGUCAUCGACCGUCUCGACUCCCUCAUGAUGGUCCUGAAAUCAUGUAAGGGAAACACCUGUAUCGAGCCGUGGAGGGUACUCCACCCGCAAGGAGACGUCGAAAGCCUGUCUGAUGCGCUGCAAGUAAGAUUCGACGCGUUCUAUAAGGAGCAGGCUAAAGUCUCGUUCGAUAGGUGUGAGCUUGGGUAUAUCAUCGAUGCCGAGGGACCUCAGGUGCCUCUUGCAUAUGAGUAUCGGAAGGGGUCGAGUUGGCAUAUGUGGGUGUGA